AAUGCAAGCUCGUAACAAAAUGGCGCUUUCCAGUGAAAGCGUGAAACAACUGCCGAAAACCACUGUUUCUUGGUUCGAAUUCUUGUUUGAUACCUCUGGAAAUGCUUUAAAGAAACAUUUAGAGAGUGCAUUUGCAGGUUUGAUGUUUAUUAUUUAUUCGCGCCGUAAGAUAGCUGAGUGGUUUAGUACGCGGUUUCCCGGGUUCAAAUCCUCGCUCUAGCUACCGGCCACAAGCUGGAUUUAUUUCUUGAUCGUCCAGCGUUUAAGGCAAUUUCUUUAAGCAAUCCAAUUAUUUCACCUUUUUUUAACCUGUUAUGCUUAAUUCGAGUAAAGCCGCUUUUCCUGUGGUACAAUGAUAUAAUGUGUGACAGCACUCCCCACUGAGUACUCUAGACUGAAUGUCAACCCCGGCCCCCGGGAUGUCAACCAGAAACUUUGCUCUUCAUACAAUCAAUUUUCUAAAAAAGGUACCUUUUCCUAGAACAAGAUGCCCUGAUUUCUUUCCCAGACUUAACUUCCAAAACACCAUAUUCGUCACAGCGGCACAUACUUAGGGGCCGUCUACAUAUUCACUUUUGCCCCUCUUAACGUCAACUGGAUGUUGAGGGCAGACCCCCCCCCUCUUCCCUCUCCUUAAUGUCCACUGCAUUCCAAAAGGAAUACUGACAUGCACUUACCCGUAAAGAUGUCAACGGUAUCAACACAAUUUACUGCACAAUAUUAUUCUCCAAUAACUGUAUAACUGCUUUUUCCUGUUGAUACUUUUGAUUUUCUACUACACAGUACAUAUUAAGAGGUCAAAGUGAGAAUAUAUGGUAUUAAAAAAAGAUUCCACUGUACUGACUAAAGAGCAUCCAAUAAACAGCGGGUACAGGUCAUGGCUGGCAAAAAUAUCAUUUCCAGUCAUCAAUGAAAACCAGAGCUGUUAGUACUAAGGGCCAGGGGUCAGGGAUUUUUCUUGGCUACUAUGUUGAGGUCAGACCCCCCCCCUCCCUCUUCCCUCUCCUUAAUGUCCACUGCAUUCCAAAAUGAAUAGUGACAUGCACUUACCCGUAAAGAUGUCAACGGUUUCAACACAAUUUACUGCACAAUAUUAUUCUCCAAUAACUGUAUAACUGCUCUUUCCUGUUGAUACUUUUGAUUUUCUACUACACAUUACAUAUUAAGAGGUCAAAGUGAGAAUAUAUGGUAUUAAAAAAAGAUUCCAUUUGUGCCCACAAAUGUGUUUCCAAAAUCAGCAAACUAACCAUAAUUUUUAGUAUUGUAUAAAUGUAUUGGUGAUUUAGAAUAGAGUUUAAAAGAUCGCAAUGUAAAAUGUACAGUUGGUCCUGCUUUCUCUUAAAUGAUGUCACAAGCGCUGUGCCACCCUGCGCAUGACGUGAAAUUUAUGAAAAUGCAUCAGUUUGCUUUUGUCCAAAAAUGCCCCGCACUAACAUCCACUGCCUUUCCCGUUCCCCCCUAAUGCUCCAGGGAACUUGGUUGGGAAUUCCCUGGUUGGGACUUUUCUCACUUUGCCAAAUUUGGGAUUUUUAUGGGUAUUCUUUAAAUACCCUAAAAUAUCAAAAAUGGGAAUCCGUUACUUUUUCCUGUGAGUAGCACCUCCCUUUGAUGGGUAAAAGCGACAGCAAAAACACACAAAAUAUAUUUGAGAUAAAGGGAAGAAAAAGUGGAAGAAAAUGCUCAGUGAUUGGCAUGGCAGACAUUAAAACAUUAAAUAUCUAGAUGUAUCAAUGAAUGGACUGGAUAUUCUGCUAUUCAUAAACUCUCUCUAUAAUAUUAUAUUCUUGCCUAAAGAUCAUUAGUUUUGUUGAGUUUGUUACAGUUAUGAGAAUAAACACCUCUCUCUUUUAAACACCUUCAUCUACUAAAAGCCCCUGUUGGACCUGUAAAAAUUAUGUAAAUACUUUUGACUGCAACACAACAAACUUAAAGAGCCUAAUAGAAGAAUAUGACGCUGCCUUACAUACUACUUUUAAUUAUAUCAAAAUGGAGCUGGUAUAGACACAUGUAUGACAGAAAGUAGCUGCUGUGGAAAAUUUUGUGAAUAAGAAAAUGGAAAAGUUCAGCAGCUAUCAUGACAUAUAACUUUCACUUCAAACAGAGAAUAAGUUUAAUAUAGCAACUAACUGUGACUGUAUGAUAUUUUUCUUUGUAGAACCAUCUGCGACUCAACUUAUUGUCCAAUUUCUAGAGCGUUCUGGACUGGGGAGUAUUAUUUUGGUAGAGUGCUUAUUAUGAGAUAUGAUACACAUAUUUUUUACAAAGCUGAGCAAGUUUAACAUAUUAAUAUUUUUAUCUAUAUAUAUACUUGCCUCAGCAACCAAAAAGGUCCCAGCUAUGGGCUUUAAAGUUGUUUGUUCUAAAAUGUAUGUCACAGACUUCACCUUUUGUUGUUACUUUAAUUUUAAUCCUUGUGCUAGAAUUUGUAUUGAUAAAAUAAGUAAAUUUACCAUUAUAUAUUUGACAUAUUCACUCUCCUGGAUGCUCACCUUUUUAUAUAUUUUAGAAUACUGGACCAUCUGAAGUUCCACCCAGUGAAAACAAAAGGUCCCGUUGUCUUUCCCAGUUAGCAUUGAGGGUUGCUGCAUUCUUAAAAUGGAAUUUGGAAAUCUUAGAAGACAAGUAAGUUCAAAAUGUUGAACCUUUUUGUGAGUGUAUUAGGUUAGUGUGCCUGAUUGUAGAUAAGAGGACCUACAUGCAUGAAAGGAGUGACAAUUUUCUGUCAUACUGUCCCUAAUAUGUAAUAAUUAUUAUUGUAUGUGUGGUAAAGCUCUUGGCCUAUGAAUUAAAAGACAUGUCUUUUUCCCCAAUAUAAAUUCUCCCUAAUAAGUGAUUUAAGACAGCAGAUUAGUAACAAAAGAUCAAGCAUACAAUGUGUAGUUUUUACUUAGUAACACACAAGAAUGACCCCAGUUUUUCUAUUGUUAUUUUUACUUGCAGCCUCUCUCUUCAUUGGCAAAACAUUUUGUUAGACGAACUUAUAAAAUCAGACACAUCGAUACAGGGAGUAAGUUAAAUUGAGCAACAACUUUAAUCUUUAGUGAACUGUAUACCUGCAUAUUAAACCCUCUUCCAGAUAUGUCCUGUAGAGCUUUUCCUUAGGAAAAUAAUCCUUAUACUGAUAGCUAAGCCAUCCUGAUCCAGUUAUAUUAUAACAAAUUAUUAUUUUUAUCUGUUUGGGACAUCCUCUAUUUACAACUCUCAGUUUACUUUUAGAUCUUCCCACAUUGUUAAACACUUUUUUCAAAUGACUAUCCUUUUAGAAAAAAAUAAUUAUGGUUAUGAUUUGCUUAUAACUUCAGGUGAUGCAAAGUGAAAUAUACAUAAGCAGCUUGGAUAAAAAGUCUGCAAUGACGCUUAUCAUUUACUACAGAUGGUAGGAAUUUAUUUGCAUCAUUUUUGUUGUUAUUGUUGUUUAAUUUGCUAGGAUAACAAACAUUCAAAGGACUGCUGAAUAAUAUUAAUUUAUUAUUAUUUUGGCAUGUUGUAUGUGGUCAUUUGCUGUGUCCACAGUGAGUGAAUCACAUUUUUACUUGAUUGUAUAUGACUGUUUAUGUGAGUUGUGGUUCAAUUUUGUCCUUUGGUUAAAUUUAAUUUCUCUUUAUUUUAAAUUGGAGGCAGCGUGGCUGAGCAGUAAGAGCGCUGGACUUGUAAUCCAUAGGCCCCAAGUUCAAGUCCCAACCUGACUGCUAGCUGGAUUUGUUCUUGGUAAUCCUGAGUACAAAUUCUUGUAAAUAGCCUAUUGGUUUGCCUCCUACCAGUUGGGAUUCGUAAACAUAUUAUUAUUAUGUUUUAUUUGAAUUAUUGUUUCAUUAUCUCCAAAAAGCCCCAUAAGGGGAGUGGAUAAUUAAGUAUUUAUUAUUAUUAUUAUUAUUAUUAUUAUUAUUAUUAUUUAUAUUUUUAUCGUUAUUAUUAUUAUUAUUAUUAUUAUUAUUAUUAUUAUUAUUAUUCAUUAUGAAACAUUACCCUGCCCCAAAACAAAGGGAAAUGAAAUUUAAAUGAAGGAUAAAUUUGGUACAAUAAUUUUCAUUUUUUAACAAAUUAUGUCUGUAUUAUUUUUGUUAGGGUGAUAAGAACCCUGUCUCAACAUUUCCUUCCAAAUGUUGUGAAAUCCAACAGCAAUGGGUAGGUACAGCAUUAUAGAGGAAUAAUAGGGCAAUAUUUUCAAAACAAAAACAACCAAUCCAAACGAACAAAUAAUUAAAUAAUUAAUUUGAAGGAGGAAUCCAAAGGUUCUUAUUACCAAAAAAAUAUAUUCUUCUGGCCCUGGAAAUUUUAUUUUAUUUUUUCAAGCUUUGAAUUAAAUGAACCAGUUGUCACUUUGAGAAGAUACAUGUAACUGCAUCUGUUUAAAAAAAAUUAAAAUGUGAAAGUUUGACACUUCUACUAUUGGUGUCAAAAUAUUUGAGUUGACCACUAAUUCCCAGUUUGUCAAUCUCUAGUUAACUGGUAAACAUAAUCCUAUUUAUCAUCAGUAUUUGGGUUAAUAAUCCAUUGUACAGUACAUCUGGUUUAUCCAGAGGAUGACAUUAUCUGUCUUUUGAACAAAUUGCAAACAAGAGUGAAAAGGAGUUAGAUUGUUACAUAAAAAUAGAAUGAAGUGAUGAAUUUUAUUCCUGUUUGAGGAAAUAACUUCAUGGCAGAGAGUAUGAGCUUAACCCACCUGUUUUCAAGUCAACUUUUUUUAUCUGUCACAAUUAUAAAAUGAAUUUUAUUACGUACAAUGUAGCUGUACUUGAUAUUAAUCAUGAUUAUUAUUUUCAUGCUUAUAAUUAUGUAGCCUGAUCAUGAGAAAACAGCCAACAUUUUGUGACACCACAACUGGUUUCCUCACAAAAUGACGACUGAGAAACGAGUGCAGAAAUUCCAUACUGAUGACACAUCACUAAAACCCAGAUCUAGGUAGUGGGUCUGAUUAGUUGAAGCAAAUUUCCCUUGCGGUAUGACCAAUCAGAAGCACUACCCACAUCUGGGUAGUGAUGAGUCAUCAGUACGGAAUUUCUGUGCUCUUUCUCAGACAUUAUUUUGUGGGGAAACCAGCAGUGGUGUCGUGAAAUGUUGCAUGUUUUCUCAGGCUGAGCUUAUAUGUUACAUUUUUUGGAACAUUUUUAGUGCCCUAGCUGAGAACUUGGCAAAUGAGAAUAUCUUAAGAAAGGUAAAUAUAAAGAGCAUUUGAAAGACAUUACAAUAAAAAUUAAAUAAUAAGUACUGUAACUUAUUUAAAGCAAAGUCAGAUAAAAGUUGUGUGAUUCAUUUAUUUCAAUAUUUAUUUCAUUUUAUCAAUUAAUUUAUACAAUUUAUUGUUAAUUAAUGUCUUCAUUAGCUUUUUUGCAAUUUUUUUUGGCUUAAAACUCUUUUUUGUCACCAAAUUCAUUAAAGAAUCUCAAAUUUUAUUUUGUUAAGUAUAAAAAGUUAACGGACCCAGGUGAAAUUAUUGCUGAAAGAAAUUUUAUGACUGGCUAGCUAUUCUACAUGCCGGUGAAACAAUGCAGCUGUUUGAAUUUUUCAUCGUUAGCAUGAUAAUAUUAUGUCUAUCAGUUGUCUAAUCAAGUUACAAAUAUGUUGAUUCUGAAUAAUAUUGGAAGGAUAUAGCAAAAUUCACUCUCUGAAAAUUGCCAUCUGAUAUACCAAAUAAUUUUGUUCUUUAAAAUAUUUUACAUUUUGGAAAGAAUGUAUAGACUGAGUCACCAGCACUUUAGCUGAUAGGAAAAUAUACGUGGAUAGAGCUACAUCUUGCACAUUGCGAAUGUUGUUUAACAAGUGUUUUUUGCUAAUCAGGCAAACUUUUGAUUAUAGCAUCUGCAAAGAUUUCACCUACAGUCGAACUUCGAUGUGACAAACCUCUAUGUAAUAAAGUCCUCGGUAUAACGAACAAGUUUCUUUACCCCAAUAAUAGUAAAAUAUGUGAAAAAGAACCGUGAUAAAAUGAAACCUUGUUAUAGCUCGAACAAAUUUUGGCAGUCCCUUUGCUACAUCGAGGUUCCACUGUAUUGACUAAAGAGCAUCCAAUAAACGGCGGGUUCAGGUCAUGGCUGGCAAAAAUAUUAUUUCCAGUCAUCAAUGAAAACCAGGGCUGUUAGUACUAAGGGACAAGGGCAGGGAUUUUCCUUGGCUACUAUAAGCAUGACCCUCCAGCUACCUUCAUAUAAAAAAUAAGGAAACUAGAACCAAAAAUAACUGAAAUCUUAGGCCUAGGUCAGAUGUUGAACUUUUCGUGAGAAGAAUCAAACUUAGUGAGUUAAGUUCGUGACAAGUUUGACAUCUGGCUCAGUUAAGUUCGUCUGAAUGAGUUCGGAUCGUCUAACACAUUUUAUCCAUCUACUUCAGACGGAGAGAACGUGUGAAGAUCAUCUCUGGGACAAAGGUCGAUCUUAACACGUGAUGAACUAAACUGUGAAUUAAAAAUUUGUACGAUGAUGAUGAUAUUUAGCCUUGUUCUGGGAAAAUUCAGUAAAAUUGCUUUUUUGUCUGAUUCAGUUGAUGGUUUGAUGUGUCCUAAGUUCGACAUCUGACCCAACAGACAAUCUUAACUAAAUUUAGGUCGUCCCAAAUUUGAAUUUGGUUCGUCUCAUAAAAAGUUUGACAUUUUGUCUACUUAGGCCUUAGUCACUGUUCUGGUGAACAUAAUCUUAAUAACCAGCCAACCUUCCUGGAGGUUUGAAUGUUGAAUAUGGUUGUUAGAUCUACUAUCAUAAAUGAUUUUCUUUUACACAACACAGCUUCAAGAACAACUUCCCAUUGCCAUCCACAUCCUCAACCAAGCACUAGAGGUAACAGAGGACAUGAUUCUCCCCACACCUCCCUCCUUGGUGACUGAUCAAAACAGAAAGGAGCAAUCAGGACAGGAAAGAACUGUAAGUGAGGCUGCAUCAACAAAUGAUGACCCUGCACAGAACAUGGAAGUUGAUGGCACCAAGAGUAAGACUGAGGCUGAGAAUGGUUCUAAUGAAUCUAAUAAUACUUCCAACACUGGUGAAGACACUGAUACUUUCUCUAAUGAGAUUUAUAAAGUGAAAAAGGAGGAUAUUAUUGCUCAGGUAAUGUUUGAAUCUGUAUUUCCCGGUUAUCAUCUCCCUUCUCAUAAUAAUACAGUGGAACCCCGUUAAUACGGUCACCAAUGGGUCAAAAAAAAUCUGGCCAUUUUAACGGGUGACCACAUUAAGAGGGUUUUUUGUAAGAAAAGUUUUUUGUAAGAAAAGUGUCAGUAAUAACAAGGUGACCAUAUUGCCAAGGUGGCUGUAAGGCGGGGUUCCACUGUAAUUGAUUGAGGUCUUCUUGUUUACCACUAGUACAUAACUAGCUCGAGUCAUAGUGAGACCAUCACCAGUCGAAAGUGCAUUAGGGUGCAUGACAGUCAAAUAUGCAGUAUUAUCAAAGCUUGUUAUUUUGAUGAGAAUGUAUUAUACUGUAAAUAACAAACUUUGAACCUGAAACUACUGCACAGGUUGUCGAAAUGUCAGUCACUGUCAACAACAGUCCUAUUCAGGAUUACACUCACCCGGACAAUCAUAAUGCUCCUACUUUUGAUUCAGAAGUGACUCCUGGGUUCAAACUUUUCACUGUAGUUUAACAAUGACGAGAAGACACAAAAGAGUGACUGUCAUCAACAGUAAUCCUAUUGAGGACAACACUCACCCAGAAAAUCACCUUGCACCUACUCAUGAAAUACAUUCUGUUAACUGUUAUUAGUUUUGUUAACUUUUGUAGAAGGUUCCCAGUUGGCUUUUUCGGAUGCAUGAUUUGGCCUAUUGAAGACUGGGAUUAGGAUUUUAGAGGAAAUGGACAGCAAGAUCUUAUUCCAUCAUUUUCCAAUGUAUUUGAAAUUUGUUUACCACGGAGCACCUAGGAUUUCUUAAGAUUUCCUUGAAAUGUUUCCAUGCUUCCCAGAUUGAAUUGGAAUUUGGAGGUGUUGGUCUUUAAUAAGAGAGGAAACCAGGAGAGAACCAAAAAAAUUCAACCCACGUAGGAUGUUGAUGCCAGUAUUCAAACUCAGGCAUCAUUUCAAGGAAGGGAAGUUCCUUGCAUCACCCUUGCUAAUUAUUAGGGAGCUAUAAGCAACAACGACGUCGAUGGCUACGAAAACGUCACUUAAAAAGUGAAUUCACGCUGCUUCAAACCCCUAUCACACUUAUUUCAUCACGUUUAAUUUAUCAAAUGUUGGUAAAAUUUUUUGGAGUUUAAUUCUAAAGGACUGUAUCAAAGUUCAGGAAAAGAAAAAGAAAGUUGUUUUCUUGUGUUCCCGUCCUCAACAAAAUGCGAAAUUAGGCACUUUCAAGUUGUAGUCGUGCAAUGACGGCAAAGAAAUUUACAAAAAAGCGUGAUUGCAAAGUUGUUGUUUUGCUAAUCUAAACCUUUUGCUUUUUCGCCCUUCUCAUUGUUAUUGCUGUUGUCAUUGCUUAUUAAAGCUCCCUAUUAUUGCUGCAUGGUUUUCCAAAGGUGAGGGAACUUAGAGCUUCAGUAAGGGGCUUUUUAAAAUGAAUGUUCAGAAUUUGGAAUAAGCUGAGGAAAACCAUUAGAACUACAGGAUUGAGGAAAACAUUAGUGUAUAGGAUGUCAGUUUUGAUAAACCCUUUUCAGGGCCCUAAGUUUGCAUCUUUAGUAAUUGGCAUUGUUUCUGUUAUCAGAAAAUUUACAGUUAUAUUUUUUUGGUUGCAGGUUUCGUUUGAUUUGGCAACCCUCUACUUCUACCAAGAAAAGUUUCAGCAAGCAAUGAAGUUGUUUGAGAGCUGUAAGAACGCACAGGUAUUCAAUCUUUCUACUAUAAUACAUAUUCAAGGGAGCAUCAUUUUCAAAUGCAAAGGCGUAGUUCCUUUAAAGUAUUGUGGGUAAUCCUUUCCAAAAGCUUAUCCACAACUACAUUUAUUGUCGAUAUUUGGUGUAUGUGGGAAAACCAUGCAUUAUCCUUCGACUUGGGAGAAAUGCAAACAAAAAAUAUUUACUGCAAUGGAUUUUUAUAGUUCAUUAUGCCUCAUUUGUGAAAUUUGCAAGACAAGAAAAAUUGGCAUAAAAAUGGCAACACAGAAUGUUCACAUUCAAUCUACAUUUGUAACUAACUUUAAACCAAUAAACCACAAUACACCAAACUUGUGAUGACUUAACAAAACAAUUUUGCACAGUGACACGUACAUGAACAACAACAGGACACAAACUCAAACCUGAGAGGUCAGAGAGUUCAGGACAAGAGGACUUUAGCCAGACUACAGUGAUUAUAUUUCUAUUGAGGCAAAAUCAGGAAAACAAACUUACUGUAUGCUUAGCCAAUCCCAUAUUUUUUUAAUAAGGCAUGCAUGAACAGGCUGUGUGGUCGACCAGUUAGAGUGCUUGACCUGUAAUCCAGAGGCCCAGAGUAGAAGUCUCACCCUGACUACUGGCUGGAUUUGUUCAUGUUAGCUUUGAGUUUAAAUCCUCCUCCACACUUGUAAAAUAGCCAACUGCUUUGCCUCCUACAAGUUGGGAUUCUUAAACUCAUUAUGUUCCAUUUGAAAUAUUAAAAAUUUGUUUUACUAUCCAUGAAAAGCCCCUUAAUGGAAGAGGAUAUUUGUUUAGUUAUUUAUUUAUAAAUUUAUUUAUAACACAAUUUUACUAAAGCAGUGGUCUUUCUAAGUUGCCUCUGUACUGGCUAUUGGCCUGGAGUUUGCAAAUCAUCUGUUUCAAACCAUUCAUGCCUCCCUGUUUUUCGACAUUGCACUUUUAACUUAACUGAUCAUUUUGUUUUAUUAUAUUUUAGUGCUCUCAGUCAUCAUUUUACACUGUCAAUGAAGAUAAGUUGUGUGGAUACUACAUGGCAUGUUGUGGUCUAACUGGCACUGUACCAUCCACACCAAGCACACCUCUUCGAAGUACCAAACCAUCCCUGACUGUACGACUGGAGCAGUGUAGACACACAGGGUAUAAGGUGAUAUAUCUUAGUGUUCACAUGCUCAAAUAGAUUCCAUUUUGCUUUUUGAUGAUAUGAAAAUUUGGUACAUGUAAGAUUGAAGAAGAAAAAAAAACUGAAGUGGCCAAUGAUCUACAGUCUGACAGCUCUUUCUUCAUUCUCUCUUGUAGCAAAUCAUCAUACUCAGGAAUCCUCAAGUAUUAUUUUCUUACCUUCUCAUUCUAUAGUGUUAAUUCUAUCUUCAUCAGACAGAUCCACUCCUCCUUAAAAUUCAGUAACGUUCCCUCUCUUCAAAACCAAAACCCCAGGCUGUGUUCACUAGGGAGUCACUCUUAUUUUCAAGACAUGAUGAGGACAACGACUGUUCGGUCCUAAAUUGUAUUUUCCUUUUUACGUCUGCAAGAUUUUCAAUAGCAAUAUUAUGUUAGACAGUUAACAGACUGCACCAAAGAUAGGCUGUCCCGCUGAAAUAUGCCCCAUGGCAUUCUGACAUAUUAUAACUAGAAAUAUGCCAGGGUAUCGCAGAACCUCGUAAAGCUCAUGGGAGAGUGGUCCAUAAGAUGUUAGGGAUGGAAGGGCAGGAGAGAAAUAGAAUGAAUCGUGUACUUGGGCGGGGGGGUGGGUUUCAACUUCAGCUUGAAUAUUAUAAUUAUAGUUAUUAUUAUUAUUAUUAUUAUUAUUAUUAUUAUUAUUAUUAAAGCCCAUAUAAUGCAAUAACUAACAGGUUUUUAAAUGUAGACUAAUUCUGUUCAGAAAAGUCCCUUGUGUGCAUUGGAAUAUUUAAGCAAGGUAGUGUUUGGUUACACGUGUUUUAUCUUGUUAUGCCUCUGUCACAGGAUAUCAUCCCUUUACUUUUGGAAGACAAUGUCGCAUUUGAAUUGCCAUUAGCAUACAGAGAAAGUCUGGUCACAGAGCUAAAAACACAAAGCCAAAGAAUGGAUGAAGAAGAUGAAGCUACUGACAGCAUAACAUUAGAGAGGCAGGCCAUGGUGUGUAAUAUAAUCAGAGAAGUGCUUGAAGGAAGACCAGCAAACACUGCAUUUUGGUUAUCGCUGGAAAACUGUACUGAGAAACAUCUGGAUCUUGUUUUCUCUGUGAGUUUUUUUUUCCAUUUUGAAACACAAGCCAUCCGUUUAAUGAGCAGACAUCUUUUAUUAAGCAGACUCAAGACAGGCUAGAGGAGAUUUUUCAGAUUUGUGACAUUAGAUUUAUAACAUUUUGGUUCAAGAUUUCUUUUGUCGCUUACUUGCAGGUGUGUGAAUCUAAAAUAGUGGAUGUCCAGAGUUCCUGAAUCCUGAGUCGAGACUGAUAGGGAACACUUUUAGCCAGAUGAUCAUUCUCAAAUUGACUAAUACAUGUGUAUUCUAAAUGUCUUUGAAUUCGGAUACCCUAAAAGGUUAUAAAUCCAGAAACAUUUAUGAAUCUGGAAAAAUCUCCUUUAAUGUAAACCUAGCCUUAGAUUUACACUAGAUGUUCAUAAUUUCCUCUCCCCCUGUCAUGUCCAAAUACCCUUCUAGCGGGUAUGGAUAUUUUCUGGAACCAGAGAAUGCAACUCUGUAGGAAUUAUUCUCGCAUCACCAACCUUUUUGCCCAACUUGAUCUCACUGUUAAAGCCAUAUAACAGUGUAAUUCAAGAGCUUUUAGUUUUUUACGGUUGUAAUGCUAGUGUUUAGAAUAAUCCCAUUUUGGAAUCAAAUCAUUAGAGCUAACUAUAACCUUAUGUAACUUUCUCCAAGCUUUGUUUACGAUCAGUACCAGUUGAGGAAAAGUCAGCUGCUCCAAGUGUAAAAGAUAGCAACAGAUUCAAAGUUCUCAAGUCAUUUGUCCAGUGAGUACUAAAACCAUUGUUUUGGACCAGUGAUAAUAAUAUGUCACGAUAGUGUGUGUCUAAAUUAAGAAAAGGCAUUAACAUCAUCAUUCAAAGUCUAAUCAGGUUUGAUCCCUGAAAAAGGCGCACACACUGGUCAAAAUACCUGCUCAAGUACACUCAAAAUAUCAGCUGAUGAACAGGUUAUUCUCUCCGUUUACUUUCUUUUCUUCAGGUUGAUUUGUUGUAACUGUGAAUUGGUGAAUGGAUGGGAAAUUGCUAAGAAUUCUACGGCAAGAAUUUUUUUAGAUGAGGAGGUACAAUCAUUUCUUUGACUUCUGUUGGUUAAGGAGAGUUGAUUUAUUUCGUUGAUUUCUAGUCUGUUAGCAAUAUUGAUUGACUGGAUUAACGGGCAACUGUAAAACGACAUAGAGGACUGGCUCCCGAUCAAUUCUGCUACUUGAAAAGUAGAGAUCUACUCCCUCUGAACAUCUCAAGUGACUACGUCAUGAGACAGAUUUUUCUUUACUUGUUUUCUACCACAAUCACUACCUUUUUGUAGACGGACAUUAAGUAGAUGUUUAGAAUUAGGCUUAAAUAAACAAUCUGUAAAUCUAUUGCGUUUGUGUAUAUUUAGAGACGUUAAGAGGUUCGUACACAAUGAUUGGCCCACAUGUCUCAAGAUUUGAAUGGAUCUUUUAAAAGCAUGAAAUUUCAGUAUUAGAGAGUUGUAUUUACCUAGAAAAUGGACACCUGUCAAGAUCAUAUUGGGAAUGUGACUUGGGAACAUUUUUUCCUUUAGUAGAACUGUGAGCAAACAAAGUUUUAAAACUCCCCCAAAGUGAUCAGUUGUCUGGCUGUAUUCUGCUUACUUGUUUUACCUUAAAGACUUAGCUAGGCCUAUUAAUACAAAACUAAUGCAAGUUCCGCAAAGUUGCUGAAUUGAGUCUCAAAAAUAAGAUAUACCCGUAAAUUUCAAUACUCGGUAUUAUUAUGGUUUUAUUUUUAGGACGAAGCUAUGGACGUGGCCGAGAACACAUCAAGUCAAACUGAACCAGAUGAUCUAUCUUGGAUUCCAGUAAAUGCACAGUGCAGUACUGAAGGUAAAAUGCUUCCUUCUAGGAAAAGUAAGUUGAUUCAGUGUAGUGCAGUUGGCUGUUUGGCUUAAUAGGAAUAGUUAUCCUCAAUAAAGUUAGGUAUUGCUGAUUAUUAUUCCUUUAAAAUAUUUAACCGUUUCUGUUUGGCUCAAUUUCUCGACUAAUUCUUCAUAACCAUCCAGGGCUUACUAUGUUUAAAAGAUGCGAGCAAUGUACCAGCGAUAGGAUGGUAUAUAACCCCAGUGCUGUAUAUAAUCACAACCUUGUUUGUACUCAAGAAAAUGCAAAAAGGUCACGGCUACCCGACGACGAAAUAGCAGAAUUACCGACAAAAUUUAAUUGAACAAAUGUAAGAACCCUUCAAAAAUUCUCGCUUGGUGAAUGACAGCAACCUUUUGAGGAAUGUCUGGAAGAAAGAAGCACUUGCCUUUGGCCUCGGUGGAUGACAUCCUCCACCAUCUGCAUAAUUCUUCAGGUCAUAAUCAGCCUCAUUCAAUAAUUUGCUAAAUAUGUGAGCUCUGCUGCUACAAUUUUAGUUAUGAUUUUGCGUUAGUCAUAGUGAUUUCGCUGUAUGUUCUAGCAGCUGUAACAGGACAAGAGAGCGUUGAGCUAAAGAGAGGCUUCCUUUGUGAUAAGCUGCGACACACAGUUGAUCCUGAUGAGAUCAGCACCCUGGUCGAACAGCUUCACCAACUUGAGAAAGGAAGACGGUUCUCAGAGGUAAUGCUAUUUUAUCUCUUUCGCUGUUUGAAACCCUGGCGCAAACCUUGCUUUUUGACCAAAAAAAUGCCUCUAGACUUUACAUAAUAUUCGUUAGCUGAUUUUAAUUCGGCGUCUGUCUAUGUAUCUAAUUUGGCCGGAAGUUCUCUUUUUCUGAAACUGUUUUCAGUCCGGUGUCCCUUAGGUUGUCAAUGCAGGUGAAGUAGGUGGUUUGCAGUCCUUCUUGCUGGCUGCCGCAGCGCUACAUUAGAAGCUUUAUCCUUGCCAUUGACCUUUCCCAUUUCAGUUCAUUUGAAGCCACAUAAUUUUCCACAAAUACCUCCUUCUUACCGCUGUUUUAGAGUGUCAAUGUCAGAAAACAAUUGAUCACCGGUUACAGUGCCGAAUUGUGGAAACUCCCUAAGAUACGUCAUAAGCACUGUUUCUUAACAAUGGCCAGUUGUUAUGAGAUACCUUACCACUUAACUUUGGGUAAGUUCAAUUGAUUGUAUUCCGAAAUAGGAAUAAGCAAAAGUUUUGUUAAAAAUCUCUUCUAACCGUGAUUUUCGGACUCUACAUACAUCAGGAAUUAUUUACGCCCAGCAGAUUUCUAGAUAUUGCAUUGCAUGCAACGAAUACCAAAAGAAGUGAUUUCUGGCUUUUUCCUAUUCCAGUCUUGUUCCAGAACUCACCCUUAAAAGAUGACAUGAUGAAUAUGACCCUUAGUCGCCCUCUCCAACCACUUCUUGACACUAUCAGCUUUAAACAAUGAUAACUAAUUUUGUUUCUUUUUUCGCUGAAGGAAUUUGCGUGCUUACUCUACAAGAGCCAUUUAGAGGAGAUUAAAAAUCUUCAGCAGCAGGAUAUACUUCAUAUUCUCUUCUCUAAGGCUAUACACUGUUCAGCCAUUAAGGUACUUUACUCCACAGCUUUAGGGCGUUUUUAAAGUAACUGUCCUAAAACCAUUAUGGUAACAAAAGUAGAUGAAGCCUGCGCCAGACACGAAAAUCUCGUGUGAGUGGCUAGUACAACUACCUUAUUGGUACUAAAUUUCGCGGGUCUUUAUUUCGCGUUUUUCGCGAUUGUAAAGUGAAAAUCGCGAAAAUAAAGACCCGCGAAAAUAAAUCCUCGCGAAAUUAAAUACUCAUAUAGAAAAUUCGAAUCAACUUGGAUUCUUUCCUUCAGAAUUUAUAUUUAGGAUAUUCGCUUACAUUUGUCAAAUUGGACGAGUGAGGUUAAGCAAACAUGACAGAGUUGAAAAAACGCGCUUGAAAUUCAUUUUGGAAGUAACGUCUUCUUUGCCUGUGUCGUCGCGCUUGCUUAUAAAUCCUGCACUAUGGUACUGUGCAUGAAUCAAGAAAUGAUCUAUUGUGCCAACCUAAAUUUGCCCAUCAAGAGUUACCGUGUAGCAUUAACGGGAAUGAUAAAUAAACCAGGGCUUAUAUCCAAGUCAUUUGACGUUACUUUUCCCCCAGGAAUAUAGCAAAGCCUCUCAGCUUCUGUCCUAUGCUCUUGGGAUGGUGAACACUGUGGCUGGAAGGGGUGCAGUGAACCCUACACUGGAGAGAGUCAAGGCUGCAAUUCAUCAAGAACUUCUUGUUCUUGAUAUUUGUAAUGAGUCAAACAGCAAAAGGUAUCUUUAUAAUCCUUACAAAUAUUGCUGAAGGGACACUCAGGCUUGCGGCAAACAAUUUGAUAAUCGCUGGUGAUUAAUGUCUCUGUAAUUCAAGUCAGGAGUAUUCCAUAGUCUAGUCUACAGUGUUGAAGUCCUUAGAAUGUCCUUUUUUUGGUCAAAGACGAAAGAAUUCUUCAAUAAAAAAGUGAACAGGGUAAAGUAAUUGGCGUGAUUUAAUAGUUAUGUAGUCGAUCUUAGGCCCCUUCCACACGUAUCCGGAUAUUUUUGAAUCCGCAACUUUUUCUUUCGCCAAUUCCGUAUUUAUAAAUUUCCACGUCCACACGGAUCUGUAUUCAAAUGAUUCACUGUAGUACCCAGGACACCUCUGGGAAUAUUGGCAACAGAGCCUGCGUCGUAAAGCGCGCGAAAUUUGCAUCUUGCUCUGCCUUUCACGUUAAAGAACUGGGCUUGAUUUUGUUACAUCACCGGAUAAAAAGACAUAUCCGGAUUUAGCGUCCACACGAUUCCGGAUUCAUAGCGUAUUCAAAAAUUUCCACUCUGGAGAGCGGGUUCAAAAAGGUGCGGAUUCGUAUGCCGGAUUCACCGGAUACGUAUGGACGGAAGACGAAUCCGCAAAGAAAAAGUUGCGAAUUCAUAAAAACGUUGCAUAAGACAUUUCAAAGAGGGAAUGUUCAGUCAAGUUUCAAAACAUAUGGGAUGAUCAAGAUCCAUUAGAAUUUAUAUUGAGAAGGAUGACAAUUUUUUUUCUUUUAAUUUUUUUUUUAGAUCAGAUGAGAUAACUAACAGGGUCAAGUCUUACAUGUGGCAAACUGCUCCAGGUGAGUAAAAGUAAAACGAUGUCCAUUAGCGCAGUGUUUAGUCAACUGUCAAAGUUAUUUGUGACUUCCUUUGUUUCCACAAAAUACCCCAGCCUCAAGGUGAUACUCUUUCCGUUUCACUACUGCUGUGCCUUCAUUUCCAGUCCCUUGGGUAUUUUUUAUUUUAAAUGAUACAUGUUGUUUUCCGGGUCCCAGUUUUUUAAAUAAUAAAUGAUGAUAUCCAUGGGAUAAAUCUCUAUUCAUCAGUCAAGAAUGAAAUUUGUCUCCCUAAUUCUCAUCCAAUGGAUAUUUAGCAAUGUAUCUGAUGUUGAGCACUGUCCAGUUUUUUAAUAAUAAAGAGUUUUAGCUUCUGCAUGAGACGAGAACGAUUACGAAAACGAGAUUUUCUCAAUACUGAGUAUUACUCACGCGUGAACCAGCGUCAUUUUGGCGGUAAAAGGUGAUAGCCGUCGUCAUUCUACUACGAGUUUUUGCGAGAAUGUCGUAGUGGCGGGAACAAAAUGUAAGUCAUCAAAUGUAAGAAGUUUUUAUCAUUUUGCGAUCGGUAGAGGGCGUAACCUCCUUGCCGUUGGAGAGAAUGUAUGAGAACCACUAAAAUUGGGCCUUAUCUCAGGUUACCUUCAGUGCAAAUAACCGUACUAACUUUUUUGGUGAAAAAAAAAAAAAGAAAAAUGAAGCUUUCCGGUGUGUCUUUUUUUUGAAAACGCGCAAAAACUUUAAGUUAAAUCUCGCACUCGUACUCGUUCAUGUCCCCAAAUCUCAAGGUGAUGUUACACGGGACGAUUCGCAACGACGGUUUUUAGCGCGACACGGAGUCGCAAUGCUGGAACGAUGUUGUAACCAUUCGAAACAACGUUGCAACAAUGCUGCAACCCUGUGUUGCGCUCAAAAUCGUCGUUGCGAAUCGUCUCGUGUAACAUCACCUUCAAGCUCUCUAGUAACCUGGGGCUGGAGAACGAGAUGAAGAUUUCGAGGGAUUCGCAGAAGGAAGAAGGAAAAGAAGGGACUCUCCCCAACUUUCGUCUUGCUUCCCGUGAUGUAACGCUUCUCAUCGAAUACAAUCCCAGGAACGACUGGUAACGGGUCUCUUACUGAAUUGUUGUUGUUUCCUAAAGGGGCGGCAGAAAAUCAUAUUGAGGAGCAGGUGAAUGCCUUUCUGUUAAAUGCCAAGGAAUGGGAACUGCUGUCAGAAAUAAGGGUAGAUGAAAACACACAAACAUUGGAUUAUAGAUCUGUAAGUAUUUACAGAUACUAUCGGUAGCAGUUUUUAACAUUUUUGAGGGAAUGCCAUUACUUGACACGUUUAUCUGAUACCUAGGAAAUCCCAGUCAAACCUCUUUCUAUUCCAGAAACCUCACCAAUGGUAAUAGGAGGUAAUAGGAGGUAAUAGGAGCUUAAGCAACAACGAUAACGACGGCAGUCAAAACAUUACUAAUAAAAUGAAUUUGCGUCCUUUCAAACUUUAUGGCGUCUAUCUGGAACCGCUCAAUUCGUCAAAUGUAGGCGACUUUUCCUGGAGUUGAAUUCUUAAGGGCUAUAUCCAUGUUCAAAUAGAGAAAGAAAAAUCUGUCGUCGUAUGUCCACGUCCUCCACAAAACGUCGCAUUGGAAGGUUUCACGUCGUAGUCAAACAGUGGACGUCAAAGAAAUGUACUGAAAAGCGUGAUGCACCUGCAGAGCUGUUGUUUUGCUCAUAAAACCAACUGUUUUUUGACGUUGUCGUCAUCGUAGUUACUUAAGCCUCCCAAUACUGGUGGAAGAGAUGGUAGGGGUAGAUCCCGGUAACUGGUACUGCCUUUGCUUUAUGGGGAUUGGUAACGUGUUCUGCGUCUUUUCUGUGCUCCCUAUCAAAUGCAAAACUACUGAGGAUGAAGGGUAAAGUCCAUCAUCGGAAUUCUGUUGUAUUUUUCUUCCUUAUCUAGCUUAGUAGUCUGUUGGCAUCAAUGUGUUACUUCCUGUCUAAACCGAAGGAAUGGAGGAAACCUGCAAGAAGUCUUUGGGAUGGUGGUGAGUGCAUUUUGUGCAGGGGAUGGUGGGGAUUUAAAACUGUGCAUAGGACGGUGGAGAACAAAAAUUGUCCAUGGGAUGGUAGGAAAUGAAAUCUGUGCAUGGGAUGAUGGGGAAUGAAAGCAGUGCAUGAAGUGGUGAUGAAUAACAAGUGUUCUUGGGAUGGUGACGAGUGCUUGUUGUGCAUGCUGUAUCCUUCCCUUAUUUGUAAAUUUUCUUGUUAUUGUAGUUCUGAAGAUAUUUAGUAGCAACAACACGGUACAACAAAAAAGGCCAGCUGAUGGAACCCAAGGAGCUGGAGCAGUAAAACUGUAAGAACCAGCUCAGUGUUUAAUAAAUUCUUACCUUAUUUCUGAAGAAAAUGACAUUUAAAUGCAUUAAUGUAGAAUAUGCCUCUUAUUAUAUUUUUCAGGACAAACCUUAUUCACUUUGUUCGAAAACUUAAGGUAACAGAACUGAACUACAACAAGUACCCUGCAGAACGAUGUUGGCUUUUUCUUUCUAAACCUGAUAUUGCUAGUGGGUUUCUUAGCAUGCAAAUAUCUUUUUUUCCCAGGAGGAGACAGUUCUUACUGUGUUGAUUUCAUGUUUAGUGAGGCUACGAAAUGCUUCUAAGAAGGUUUGUACAUCGCAGUAAAAUGAUAAUGAUUUUUCGGUUCGAUUGUUGUUUUGCAAAGGAUUUGCUACAACUAGUUGUUACUACACUUAAGUUUUUCUGCCUAAAAGUGGAUUGGGGUCAAUCAGUUUAUCCACAUUUUCAUUUUCAAGAAUGACGAGGCCAACAAUCAAAGAGAAAUAUCCAGCUCGCACAGCCAUCUGUGGCCCACAGCCAUUACAAAGUAAGUUGCUUGAUUUACCCAACUGCCCUCCAACCUCUUCCCCUUUUCUCAAGACUCUAGAGUUACGGAAAAAUGGUGACUUAAAUGGAUGCAAGAUGUCGUUUUCACCUUUUGCUCAGCGCCCGAAAAUUACUUUAUAGUUUUCAAGUACAGUGGAACCUCUAUUCAGGGGACACUCUCGGGACCGACGAAAGUGUCCCUUGAAUAGACGUGUCCCCUGAACAGAGGCUGGGCUUGGUGUUAAUAAACAACCAACAAAGACGAUAUAAAAAUGAUCAUCAAUAACUUAUCUCUGCGACAUUAUAUGUUGAAUCCACACAAACUUUGUUUAAUCCUGACAGUUCCGGUAAUGUGAAUUUUGAUCACAUUGGCUUGGCGUUGUCGGCGGUUGUUCAUCAUGCACUCUCCGUUCAGCAUCACAAUAUUUCCUGGCUUCAAACACUGGGUGACAUUUAUUUAGGUACGAUUUAUACCGCGUUAAUAUUUGUUUUCUUUAUUUGACAAAUACGCAUGAUGCUCUCCAUGAAUAUAUGGUAUGGUUCAAUUUUAUCCUUGGUUCAAAUUUUGUUUUCGUUUGUUUCAAACUCAUCAUCAUACAUUACUAUACCCAAAAACAAAAGAAAAUAAAAUUGAAACCGCGACAAAAGUGUGCAUAUACAUGUUUUUGAGAGAAAUUAACUGAUUGCGACGUUAGUAUCUUUUACCUCAGGAGUUAGCUUCGGAGAGAUGUGAUCCCUAUGGUGUCACCAUCCCCCUGGCCUGAACGUGGGCGGGGCGGGGGGGUUACUCAGGCAAGCCUAGGACAGCUGUGUGUUGCGAAGGAUUUUAAGCCCUGACCCUCUGUGGCAACAGGAACAAAAAUUGUUGGAAUUGAAAAAUAAAUAAAACAUCGAGUAUUCUGUUUAUAAAUGUUUUAUAUGACUUGUUGUAGAUUCCGGUAACUAUUCCUCUGCUCUGCAAUGCUAUCUUGAGGCUGGCGCUGUUUCAUCUUCAUUUUUUAACUUGCCGGUUCCAGCCAAUGUCUGGGAUGAUCAGGUAAGACUUCUAACAGCUAUAAAAAGCUAAAUAUAAAAGCAUGGCUAACUAACUGCUAACGCAGGCCGUUAGUAUUACGUAUGCUUGUCGAUUCUGAUGAUUGCUUAAUUAAAGUCUUGCCCCCCUAGCCUAAGUUAUCCUGUGUUAGUCACUCAGUCAGUCAGUGAGUUGGUCGGUGGUCGUUCUUGAUGCCGACAAUAGAGACUACCUUUAGAUUAGAGGAUGAGGACGAGGACGAGAUUUAACUAGGACAAGAUUUUCUCACGACUACGAGGAUGAGAUUUAACUUAAACUUUUCGUCCACCCCAGAAAGCUUUAAUGUACUUUUUUACCAGAAAGGUUAGCACGGCUAUUUUUAUUGAAGGAGGUUAAGCCCUCUCCCGAUCGCAAAAUGAUAAAACUUCUAACCGAUAACUUCCAUCUGACCACGACAUUCUCUGAGUCGCUAAAUCCCGUAGUAAAAUGAUGACGGCUAUCAUGUUUUCCCGCCAAAAUAACGCUGGCUCACGUAUGCGCACUAUCCAAUCGUCUGAAAUUCAGGCUAAAGGUCUCUAAAAGUUUGGCGGACUCUGGGAACGGGAUUGCUUAAGUCAUAGUUUUUCGUGUUUCUCGCCUCGGCUAGUUGUUUUGUGUAAGGUCGUAUUUGUGCUGUCCAUUAUUCAGUCCCUGACUUGGUGCAAGUUUCGAUGGCAAGACACCAUUUUGGCUCGCACACGAUAAAAUGUUCUGUCUUUUUUCUAAAUCAUCUCCUGUUAUACUGGAGUCUUGUUUAUUAGGACAUGGUGUAUUAAGUAAGUAUACAACAGUCAGUGAGUCAAAACGUUUUGAACCUGAGUAAAGGUGAUUAUACACGGGACGAUUCGUAACGACAAUUUUUAGCGCAACACAGCGUUGCAAUGCUGGAACAGUGUUGUAACUAUUCGAAACAAUGUCGUUGCGAAUCGUUCCGUGUAACAUCACCUUAAGAGAGACUUGUGCAGAGUGUCUUGCCAUGAUAAGAAGCAUUGUUAUUAAUUCAAACGAUUUCUCCGUUUUUUAUCCUCCGGCUUAUUCUUCAUAACCAGCUAAUGAUGGCCAAAUCUGGAACAUGAUUACCGAUAUCAAUACCUUUGUCGUCAAUCGUAUUGCAUAAUUCUUCAUAUCUCACUCAACCCCAUCCAAUAAUUACUAAAUAUUUAAGUAUAGAAAACCUGCUUAACAAAUAGCGAACCACACGUCAGGAGAUGAUCAGCGGUUUAUUUUAAAAAAUUUCUCUGUUAUGUUUUUAUAGGUUUACAGAAAGAUGGUUACAUGCUGCUCUGCGAUGAAAGCUCAUAUUCAGGUUACAGUUACACUAAAUUUACUAUUGUGUUCAAAUCACAUUGCUGAACUAGCCAUAGUGUAAUAUUACUUGCAAAUAUACGCGCUGGUCUCUUGGAAAACAAAAACCGAUGUUAUACUCAUUGCAAGUCACAGGGAUUGUAUGAACACUAGGAUAUAAAUAUAAUAUAGUGACUUUGUUUUUUUCUUGACUUGGGGUGAUUGCAAUUAUCUUUGUUCUCUGUAGGCAGCUUUACUCUGUCAAUGUAUGGAAGUAAAAGAUUAUACAACAGCAUUUAAAGCUCUUCAACAAGCAGCAAAUUCAAGGUAUUGAGAGAUGACUUAAUAGGGAUUUUCCAUAAAAAGGUUAAUGUUGAUUUAAACAGUUGCUUGCCGAGUGGAAGUGUUUAACUCAUGCAUUUGUGAUAAAUAUACAGUAAAAACACGCGAGUAAGAACCUGCAUUUUCCAAAGUUAGCCUACACAGGUUCUUACACAAAUGGUAUUAGCAUAAAUUUAGGCUAUUCAGGUUCUUAAAAAGGUUCAUAUUUUUUGAAGAAAAACAAUACAUUGUAGCUAAGAGUAUUUAGUGGUAUUCUGCUUAUUCCCUAAAUAAAAUCUACAUACCAUUAUCCUUCAUUACAUUGCAGUUGGAGUAACAAGGCACCUAUGUCUUCAAAAAUUAAUGUGUCCUGAUUGUUGACUUAUCUUAUUUGCCCAAGCGUACUUUUUUUGAUAGAUUUUAGGAAAUAAGAACCUUUUUUAAAUUUUAGGUUAAACAGGUUCUUGACGUGUAUAGAGGGGGCCCAACUGGCAAAUUUUAGCCUAACAGGUUCUUAUACUCGCGGGUUUUUAUCUAAUCUGGCAGAUCGCUAAACAUUGGUUAAAAACCUGAGACAUAAUGUCCGAUUGACGAUCAGACUUUGAAAUCAAUUGUUAAUAAAAACACAUAAGUGAAAGUUAAGUGGUCCCAAAAUGGUUAUUAUUAUUAUUUUUUGUCUCAACAGCUCCGACGCGAUGGAUUUUUAUUAUGGCUUCUUCUGGGAUGUUACAAUGUUAGAAUAUUUAACCUGUAUCCUUUGGGUGCUACUUAGGGGAUAGACACUGACACCACUGGUCGUUUUUACAGGGGUUUCGCGUGAUACGUGAAUUGACCGCUAAAAAGAGCUUGAAUCGGAAAAACUCAUGAAAUACAGUCAUGAUUCGUGAAUUAUAUGUACACUGUGACGCGUGAUCCUCUAACAUUUUAGUCCUUGAAUCGAGAUUUCUGCAGAUAAAACAGAUGUGAGUGUCGUGACAAGGCUUCGAAGUUAAACCAUGUAAAAAUAGAAAAUUGUAGGGCUUCGAUUUUAUAGCAAUAAAAUCCAUUACCAAUCAAAUUUGUAGUGGUCAAACAAAAAGCAGGGAAUCGCCAGUUUGAUCGGCACCAUACUUUUUGUUUCCUUCCCAUCAAGGGGUCAUUUAAGACCAACUCUUGCCUAUAGUAGUCCAGAAACCACUAAGAAUCGUUGACGGACUUGAUCAGUUCGUCACCUAAUCACGUGAUUCGCGAAAUGACUCCUAAAGGUAAAGUGAUCUGUGAAAGUACGGAAAUUCAACCCGUGACUCGUGAUCCAGACACCCCCUCUAGACCCUGUUUUUAUAUUAAGGGCGCAUUAUCCAUCUGGACAAACUUCAGCAAACGUUUUGUAGUUCGUCUGGUUAUGUGUCUCUAGUAUAAAGACGGGCGCAAGACGCGUUAUGCAUUCAGAUGAACCACAUUUCUUAGUGCGUCAUCGCAGGCGUACGUUGUACGAUAUUUCGUUCCUAAAGAUUAUCUGGCCACCCUUUCGGUUGUUGUCAAACGUGUCUCCCAUUACGUUUGGUUUUGACAGACCAAAGGGGUUGACACCUUUGCGUAGCCUUAGGUGUAAUCAAGAUUACGUGUACAGUUCAUAUGGCAUGCACUGCAUCAUUCCUAAAGUAAUGUGCUUUAAUACCCUUGAAUAGACCACACAGAAUACCUUGUAAGUAGUUUGUAUGAAAUCCAGACUAUUUUUAUGGUUUCCAGUUGCUGUGUCUUGUGUUUGAAGCUUUAACAAUUUUUACGUGUGGUUUUUUACAUUCUUUUUUCGUGUUUUGUCUGUUGUUAACUUUGACUCACUUUGAUGUAGACACUCACGCUAAGCGUGGACAACACGACAAGAAGCUGCUAACAGUAAGUUCGUUAUCUUACCUCUCGUUAGAACUUUGCGCGUUUUGCACGUUUUACUUUUAUCUCGUUACCUUCAUCUUUAUCAGUAAGUAAUUAAUAAGGGACGUGAAUAAAUUACCUGUAAUUUUCACCAGUGACAUGAAGUGCCAAUGGAAAAAAACCCCUUUGUCAGUCACCAGUUCACUAAAGAUGAAUGAAAUGUACAACGAAUACACGCACUCCGUGGCGUCAACAGCGGCAAGACGGUUUCGAGGUUUUGAAAACACAUAGUGGCAACGAAUUUCUGAGAAAUUCGCCAAUGGGUGAAAAAGCUGUGAGUUUUAAGACGUCUGAAGGUAAAUUAGAUCAAACCCAGUUUUUCAGACACGCUAAUAAGAUGUCACUUUAUCCUUUUUGAUUGUUACAUAAUUAUCCAAACGUGUCAGUCAAAUUUAAGCGAUUUUCUUACGAUCAUAGAAGAAGUUUAUUUCAUCAAUAAAAUAUUGAUAUAUCCUCUUUAGCAAGACCUGUCCGGAAAAAAUCAGUCACGCUAAAAUGCGAGAAUCUUAAGAUGCGCUACUCAUAAUAAUUAUCCUGAGUACCAGAGGUUUCUCGUGCCAAGAGCAGCUUAUAAAUCUCCCACGCAAACGUUCUUUUUUAAAAAUAGAUCGUUUUCAUUCACGUGGUCAGCGGCUUUGCAAAUUGCUUGGAAUAAAAGAAAGUUUUAACAUGUGAGAAGAGUUCAAUUUCCACAGGAUUUUUUUUGUACACAAACUUGGCCGCCGAUUCAUUUUUUUGUACACAAAUAUGACCGCCGUGACGUCAUGUGAAAACGAUCUAUAGGUUUUCAUCCCUGGUUUUCAUUUUCUUACCCAAAAAGGAAAGCGUGACCACGCCUUAAGAACGUGUGCGUGGGAGGCCACGAGUGGCUUCGCCGUGAAAAGAGCUGACUGAAAAAGGAAGCUGCGCAUGAAACGCCUCUGGCACCUAAGGUAGAUACUAGAAUUUUCAGUAAUUUUUUUCAAGGACAUGCUAUUGAGGUACCAUUUUAUUCUAUUUUUGUUGCAGAUACAAACAAUUAGUCAACCUGAACUGAACGUUUUUAAUUCUUCGGAGCUUCUCCAGCACACUGAACAAAUCAGAAAAGCCAAGCUACUGAGAACACUCGCAAAACAGUAUCUCUGA